AUGCCUUCGACCGAGUCGUUGGUGGGCUCGCGUACGGCCUCGUCGCGCACCUUUUGGUUUCGCGAUGCUAUCGUCUACCAGAUCUGGCCCGCCUCGUUCCGCGACAGCAACAACGAUGGUAUGGGUGACAUCCAAGGAAUCAUCGGCAGUCUCGACUACAUCAAAUCGCUCGGAGUCAACACGAUCUGGUUGUCGCCCAUGUACGACUCGCCGCAGGUGGAUAUGGGCUACGACAUCUCCGACUACGAGUCGGUCUACCCCCCGUACGGCACGGUGGCGGACAUGGACGAGUUGAUCAAGCAAUGCCAUGCGCGCGGGUUGAAGCUGAUCCUCGAUCUGGUCAUCAACCACACCUCGGACCAGCAUGCGUGGUUUAAAGAGUCGCGCAGCUCCAAGACCAGCCCCAAGCGAGACUGGUACAUCUGGCGACCCGCCAAGUACGAUGCCGACGGCACACGCAGGCCACCCAACAACUGGCGCUCCAACUUCAACCAGCCCGCAUGGACCUGGGACGAGCAGACGCAAGAGUACUAUCUUCACCUCUUCUGCCCCGAGCAGCCGGACGUCAACUGGACCAACGACGACUGCCGACAUGCCAUCUACAAGUCAGCCAUGGAGUUCUGGCUCGACAAGGGCGUCAAUGGCUUUCGUGUCGACACGGUCAACAUGUACUCGAAACCCAUGGACUUCCCCGACGCCCCCAUCGUCGACGAAGGCGCGGAAACCCAGCCGGCGGGCAUGCUCUACUGCAACGGGCCCAUGAUGCACACCUAUCUCAAGGAGAUGGGUGCCAUCUUGGAGAGGUACGACGCGAUGACCGUGGGCGAGCUGCCCAAUACUCCCAAGACGGCCGACGUGGUAAGGUAUGUCUCGGCGGCGGAGAACGAGCUGAGCCAGGUGUUCCAGUUUGACAUCGUCGAUCUGGGACGCAACCCGGUGGACUUCAUGAAGAACGACGGAUACAAGUUGCCAGAGAUGAAGCGAGUCGUGGAAAAGUGGCAGCGCUUCAUCGAGGGCAAUGAUGCCUGGACGACGGUGUUUAUUGAGAAUCACGACCAGGGCCGCUCCAUCUCGCGCUUCGCCUCAGACAAGCCAGAACACAUCGCCGACUCGGGCAAACUGCUGGCGCUGAUGAACAUGACUCUCACGGGAACGGUAUACGUCUACCAGGGUCAGGAGAUUGGCAUGACCAACGUACCCGCCACUUGGUCUGCCGAAGAGUACCUCGACAUCAACAGCAUCAACUACCUCGCCUCGAUCCGGAAGCGCACCAACAACGACGCCGCCGCGAUGGCCAAAGCGCUGCAGGGUGUCAAUGAGCUCGGCCGCGACAAUGCACGCACGCCCGUCCAGUGGUCCUCAGCCCCCAACGGCGGCUUCUCGUCUGACCCGACCACGAAACCCUGGAUGCGCACCAACGAUAACUAUACUACCAUCAACGUCGAAGCUCAGCAGAACGACCCCGCAUCCGUGCUCAACUUCUACCGCAAGAUCAUCGCGCUCCGCAAACAGCGCGCCAGCCUGCUGGGCAGGGGCCAGUUCCGUCUGGUCGAGGAGGAGGAUGAGAAGCUCUUCAAGUUUAUCAAGCUCGCCGAAGGCGGUACUGAGAAGGCAUUUGUCGUGCUCAACUUCACCGAAGAUGUGCAGAAGUACGAGCUUCCCGACGAGGUCAAGGGCGCACAGCUCGUUGUGGAUACAAAGGGAGAGCAAGGCGGCGAGAGCGGGGCGCUGGCUGCGUUCCAGGGCCGCCUUUACCUUCUACCCGCCGCUGCUCAGUAG